AUGAGGUCACUUUGUGUACGCGCUAUUCCAUCCGAGCCAAAAACGAGACGUUUACACCCUAAUUACAGGCAAGAAUUCUACGUACGAUUCAAGGGGCCCGAAGAAACACCCUUCCAAGGCGGCAUCUGGAAAGUCCACGUCGAACUCCCCGAUCAAUAUCCAUACAAAUCCCCAAGCAUCGGCUUCGUCAACCGCAUUUUCCACCCAAAUAUUGAUGAGUUGUCGGGGUCGGUGUGUCUGGACGUGAUUAAUCAGACUUGGUCGCCUAUGUUCGAUAUGAUCAACAUUUUCGAGGUCUUCCUGCCACAGCUUCUACGAUAUCCCAACCCAACGGACCCUCUGAAUGGCGAGGCGGCGGCACUGUUAAUGAGGGAGCCAAAGAGUUAUGAUGCGAAGGUUAAGGAAUACGUCCUCAAAUACGCCAGCAAAGACGCUGCAGAUGAAGCCGGCGCCGAAUCUGACGACGACGAUGACAUGUCCUCCGUAGGCAGUUUCGGGGACGAAGACGAAGAGCCAGCCGGAACGAUGGAGGAAGUGUAA